AUGCACAAGUACAUAUUUGUGUUGGUGUUUAUCACCUUGUUCUUCUUUGGUAACACUCAUUCGAUCAGGUGCCAGAGGGACACUGCAAUCUUCCAAAGCGAACAGGACCAACAUAAUGUGGAUUGGUGGCUCAUCUUCAAGAUGCCCCAUUACAGUGAUUUAUAUUUAUAUUAUGACUCUGAUAUGACCGAGCCGUUGUUCAAGACUGGAAAGUAUCAUCUAUCCAGCCGAAGCUCCUUUGGAAAGGUCGUCCCCCUGUUGUAA